AUGUCGCGCUCCGCGCCGCGCGCGUCGUUCGGGCGCGGUCUCGCCGUGCCGCCACCGCGCUCGCUCCUCCCGAUCAGCGCCUUCGCCCCGCCUCAGCAGGCGCCGCACGCCCAGGGCGCACUCGGGCCCAGCUCGUCCAGCAUCUACGACAACGACGACGAGGUGACGCAGAGCCUCGCCGAGUUCCUCGACGCCGACAACGCCGAGCUGGAGGAGCAGGAGGCGGGCGACGAGUUCGGCUGGCGUGGCGACGGCGACGACGCCUUCGACACGAGCGAGCCCUUCCCCUCCUUCCACCACCUCUCGCCGCCCUCGCCUUCCCCAACUCGUGCCGGCGGCCCUCGCACCGCCCAGCUCCUGCCGACCGUCGACCGUACGACCGCCUACUACGCGACGUCGACACCGACCGGCACGCAGCGCCACCCUCCUCCCCCGCCGCACCCACCCUCACGCUCGUCCGCGCCGCCGAUCCGCCCUAUGCCGCUGCGCUUCCCCCAGCCGCCGCCCUCGUCGCACUCGCACCCACAUCAGCAGGCGCACCACCCCGUCGCCGGCUCGGCGAGCGCGCAUCGCCCUCUUGCUCGCCCUGCGGCGUCCACAGCCGCAUCGACCUCGGGCACGUUGGGCGGGCAGCGGCGCGUCCCUGCGCACGCACCGGUUGUCGGCCAGUACGGCGUGGGUCAGAUGGACGUCGACGAGGACGAGGGCAGGGGCAUGAGCGAAGACUACUGGGGCGAGCAGGACGGCGGCGACGGCGAGUUCGAGCAGGCGCUCGCGAGGACGGAGCUCGACUUUGGGCGCGGUGGCGGUGCGGGCAACGGUCGUGGCGGCGGCGAGCCUGGUCGGACCGGUCAGCCUUCCACUUCCUCGCGCUCUCGCACCUCUGCCUUUCCUCCGGCACCUCCUCCUCCGACACACCGCCUUCACGGACCCGCAGCGUCGCAGCAGUCGGCGUCGGCGCGCCAGAGCCAGAGCCAGGGGGGUCCGAGCGGCGGCGGGGGCACGGUGAGGAAGCAGGGGAUCAAGCUCCGGCCGGUCAGCGAGCUACCCGACGCUCUUCGCUCGCUGUGGCGGUUCGGCGUCUUCAACGCGGUCCAGAGCGUCUGCUUCGACACGGUCUACCACACCGAGGAGAACAUCGUCGUCUCGGCGCCGACCGGCGCUGGCAAGACUGUCCUCUUCGAGCUUGCCAUUGUCCGCCUCUUCACGAGGUCGUCGUCCAACGACGCAAAGGUCCUGUACAUGGCGCCGACCAAGUCGCUCUGCUCGGAGCGCACGCUCGACUGGAAGCGCAAGUUCGAGCACGGUCUCGGCUGGGCUGUCCAGGAGCUCACGGGCGACUCGGACACGUCGACCUCGGCCUGGCGCGACUUUGCCAACGCCCGCAUCAUCGUCACGACGCCCGAGAAGUGGGACGCCAUGACGCGCAAGUGGCACGACCAUGGCUCGACGCUCGGCCAGCUCAGGCUCUUCUGCGUCGACGAGGUGCACACGGUCGGCGCAGACGUUCGCGGCGCCGUCCUCGAGGUCGUCGUGAGCCGCAUGAAGACGCUCGGUACCAGCACCCGGUUCGUCGCCGUCUCGGCUACCGUCCCCAACAUCCACGACGUCGCAGAGUGGCUCGGUACUGGCGCCGUCGGCGAGGACGAGCACGAGCCGGCCAAGGUCUUCCAGUUCGGCGACGAGUUCCGCCCGUGCAAGCUUCAGAAGGUCGUGAUCGGCUACCCCAAGAACGGCAACGACUUUGCGUUCGCGAACGGGCUCAACUUCAAGUUGUUCGAGCUCGUCAAACAGUACUCGUCGGGCAAGCCCGUCCUCAUCUUCUGCAACACGCGCAAGGGCUGCCUCCAGGCGGCCGAGGCGCUCGCCAAGGACUACAAGCUCGCCCUCUCGUCCUCGUCGCGCUCGAGCCUCGCCUGGCCAAAGCCGCAGCGUCACGAGUUCCAGACGAGCGACAAGCACCUCGCGGCCCUGCUCGAGAACGGCAUCGCGACGCACCACGCCGGCAUGGACUCGAACGACCGUCGUCUCGUCGAGCGCCUCUUCAUCGACGGCAGCAUCAGCAUCGUCUGCUCGACCUCGACCCUCGCCGUCGGCGUCAACCUCCCGGCCCGCAUGGUGGUCAUCCGGGGCACCAAGGCGUUCAUCGACGGCCAGAGCAAGGAGUACUCGGACCUCGAGGUCCUGCAAAUGAUCGGACGCGCCGGUCGGCCCCAGUUCGACACGACGGGUAUCGCAUGCAUCAUGACCGAGAAGGCGCUCGAGGGCAAGUACAGCAACCUUCUCAACGCCCAGAACCUGCUCGAGAGCUGCCUCCACAAGAGCCUCACCGAGCACGUCAACUCCGAGAUCACUCUGCGCACGAUCACCAACGUCCAGUCGGGCCUGCACUGGCUCCGGUCGACGUUUCUCUACACCCGCAUCACCAAGAACCCGUCGCACUACGCCAUCGGCCCGGACAAGACGUCGCCCGAGACGAGGCUCGAGGAGAUCUGCCUCGAGGCGAUCAAGGAGCUCGUCGACAGCGGCGUGGUCGACCAGAGGGAGGACGAGCUCAGUGCCACGCACUUUGGCGAUAUCAUGAGCAAGUUCUACCUGUCGCACCGGACUUUCCUCGCCCUCAAGGACCUGCCGCUCAAGAGCAACAUGCGCACGCUUCUCGAGACGCUCGCCGCUUCGACCGAGUUCAGCUCGUACCGGUUCCGCCAGGGCGAGAAGAGUGUCCUCCAGAAGUACAACAAGAACCUCAAGUUCCCGACCGCCAAAGUCUCGUCGACCGCCGACCGCAUCAUGAUCCUCAUUCAGCUCGUGCUCGACGGCGUGCCCGGCAGCGAGCUCAAGAACGACAGCAUCAACCCUCUGCUCGACGCUCGCGCCAUCUUCUCUGCCGCCGUCCGCAUCGCCAAGUGCAUGGUCGACCUCGCCGUCGAGCGCGAGGACGGCGCCAUUCGGACGGUACUCGAGCUCCUCCGGUCGCUCAACGGCCGCUGCUGGGACGGCUCGCCUUUUGUCCUGCGUCAGCUCGAGGGCAUCGGCGAGAAGAGCUACAAGAUCCUCGUCUCGAACGGCAUCAAGGGCUUUGACGACGUGCGCGAGUGCGAGCCGGACCGCCUCGAGGUCCUUCUCGGUCGCCGGCCGCCCUACGGCCGCAAGCUCAUCUCGCAGGCCAAGACGCUCCCGCAGUUCGAGAUCACGGUGUCGGCUCACGACGAGGAGGUCCUCGCCGGCCGGGCCGGCGUGCAGGUCGACCUCAGCAUCGACUUGCGCCUCGCGCUCACCAAGCCGCUGCCGGCCGUCAAGAAGGGGCCCAUGAAGCUCUGGGCCAAUCUCGCGACGACGACCUCGGACGGCGAGUUCAUCGACUUCCGGCGCACGCGCAUGGACCACCUUCUCAAGAGCCCCAAGCAGGUCGACCUCUCGGUCAUCCUCCUCAAGCCCUCGCAGCGCAUCAUCAUCUCGGCCUCGUGCGACCUCAUCGCCGGUUCCGAGGUCAAGGCGUUCUUCAAGCCCGAGACGAGGGCGUCCGAGUUCCCGAUUCCAAGUCUCGGGCCCACGGCCGACGAGGAGGACGAGGAGGAGCCGACGCCCAAGCCGCCCCGCAAGCAGCAGACGCUCUCGAAGGCGCAGUUCGCCCAGGUCGAGCCGGCGAGCGGGCGUGGUGCGGCGCAGCCGCACGAGGACGACGGCGACGACCCGGUCAAGCCUGCGCCUGCGCCUCCUCAUCGUCGCCCGGACGGCAAGUACGAGUGCAACCACUCUUGCCGCGACAAGACGGUCUGCAAGCACCUCUGCUGUCGCGAGGGCCUCGACAAGCCGCCUGCACGGCGUGCCGCCUCGAAGAAGGGCGCGAGCGCGGUCAAGCCCGCCAAGAAGGUCCAGCAGCCCAAGCUCGUCGGCGGCGCCAAGGUCGGCCCGCCACUGCGCAUCCAGCCGAUCGUCAGCAAGGGCGUCGAGCUCGCCAAGAACGCGUCGGGCAAGGUCGUGUCGACGUCGAAGCAGCGCCCCGAGCCGGACGACGACUACGCCGACGACUCGCUGCCCUCACUCGAGCAGCUCGUGUCGACGAGCCGCAACAAGUCCAAGACGAGUACGGCGCCCAAGCUUCGCCGCGCCACGCCGACCGUCCCGCCGACGACCCAGCAGCACCCGGUCGACGAGGAGGACCAGCUGGCGUCCUCGAGUUCGUCUUCGUCGUCGCCGCCGCCUGUCGCCAAGCAGAAGGUCAAGUCGUCGUCUACGACGAGGAAGCGCCUCCUCGACUCGGGCGACGAUCAGGUCGGCAAGCGCGCCCGCAUCUCGGUCCGCGAGUUUGCCUCGAGCUCGCCCAUCGAGCUGCCCGAGGUCGACGCCCGCCCGCCCGCACACCUCGCCCGUCACCCGAGUACCUCGACACGUGCUCCCCUCUUCCGCGCCGACACGCCUGUCGAUGCGCCGUCGUCGACGCUCGCGCAGGAGGACGAUGAGCUCGCGCUGGCGCAGCCGGUCGACGGGGCCGGCGAGCCUCUCGUCUUUUACGACGACGCGCUUCACUCGGACGCGCAGAUGGACGAGGUGCCGGAGGAGGCGAGGCGCGAGGCGCAGCAGGUCCACGAGCAGGAGGGAGAGGAAGAGGUCGACGCGCAGGUGGUCGACGAGGACGAGGACGACUUUGACGCCUGGAUGGCGUCGAGCGUCGUGAUUGCUCCUCGCGACCAGCUCAAGCACACUCGUCUCGGCACACCCGACACACAACAAGCUCUGCCCAUCAUGGUCUCUGAACGCGCCGUCCGCCUCACCAUCGUCCCGCUCAUGACGUUGAGCUUCCUGACGAGCAUCGUCGUGCUCGCCAUCGCCGCCUCGCUCGAGUCGCACUGGCUCUCGACCGGAUUCCCGUCCAACGCGGCCCGCGACCGCGAGCGCCUCCUCUUGACGGCGGGCAUCUGGGGCACUCUCGUAUCCAUGUACUCGCUCAUUGGCACCCUCUUCAAGCCUCAGUCGGUCGCAUUCGGCAUCAUGUUCCACCUCGUCGCCUUCGCCAUCGCCUUCUUCCUUUACCUGUGCGGCGCAUCGUCGUUGACGGCGUUCGUCGCCAACCGCAACUGCGGCAUCCCGAUGCAGACGUUCUCGCGCUGCAACGUCACCAAGGGCCUCGUCGCCGUCGGCUGGAUCGGCACGAUCUGGGUCUUCAUCAUCCUCAUCGUCGUCCUCAUCCUCGGCGUCAAGGCGCGUUCGGGCGCCGGCAUCCGUCGCGGCGCGCUCACCGACGCCUGAGCAACUCUCGAACGAGAUGCUCUCGCUCUCGAGCGCCGAUCAGAGGCUGCUCUCCAGAAGUUUGUCAAGACCCAUAGUUGCAUCUUUAGCGCCUCGUUGCCCCCCUUUAAUCGCUCCCCUCCCCGUCUGUAAUGCAACUUCUUCGUCUCCGUUCCUCUCUCGCUAUGCGUGCUUGGCCCGCAGAGGCUUGAUCUUGGUCGUGCCGAGAGUGCGUCCGAGCAAGAGCCACACGAGAGGUCGAGGGAUGCGCUCGAGGACCCAGAACAGGAACGAGUUGGCGCCGCCGGUGAAAUACCUCGCGGGCGAGGGACGGAGAGCGUGAGCAACGAUCGAGGCGGCGAGCUGACUCG